ACUAAAUAUUUAGCCACUAUAAUUUAAUAAGUUACAUUCAUAUUUACAAAAAGAAAAUUGAAUGUGUUAGACACACUAACGGAUACUUGGCUAAGAUUUCAUUUUGAAAUAAAAUUUGGUAAAUAUGCAUAUAUCCUCCUGAAACCCAGCAAUUUAUUUUUGUCCAUUUUUGUAGUGGAGAUUGGGUUUUCGCUCAUAUCACUCAUGUUGUGCAUGUCAUUCUGUUAAAUCCUGUUUUGUGGACAUUUGGAAUGACAUCACAUGUGAGGGGGUGUGUGACCUUGCCAACCUACUUUGUCUUUUCAAAAUUAUUACAAUUUUAAUGAACCUAUUUUAUGAAAGAAAAAAGCUAUACUUUUUUGGAUUGUGAAGUUACAAAUGCUUUAAAAAAGCAUUUAUAUCUAUAUGUGUAUAUUGUGAUUACAAACUAAGUGAGACUUAAUUUCUAUAAAAUUAGAAGGUAGGCUGAUAUUUAUGUACAAACUUCUCUGAACGUGCGACCUUGUCCUCAAGUGACUUUUAGUACAAAAUAAGCAAAUUAUGCAAAUACGUUACAAGAAACCCAUUAUUACAAUAGACAUGCAAACUUGAAAAAAUUUGAGAGAAAAUUACUCAUUAUUUAAAUGGGGAAAUUUAAAUAAAAUGUUUUUUUUUUACAAAAUGUAAAAAAGUGAAAGUAAAAUGAAGUGAAAUUUCCAGUAUUUUUAAAUACUUCAUAUUAUUUUAUGUGUUGGUAUCUCAAAUCCCCAAACAUUGCACCUUAAUUAAAGAAAGAAGAGAAUCCAAGUAGAAGUUUGUUCAAUUAUUAAUAUCAAAAAUUUAAUUAAUAUCACAACAUAAAUAAUAAACAAUAGUACUAGUAUAAGUGAUUAUCUCCAUCUUUAACCAGAAGCCCCAUCUCAGACUAAUACAGUAAGACAUGUAAAGAAGGGGUUAGACUUUUUUGUUUAGUGUUGCAGUUGCAAUGUCCAACGCACCUGUGCCGGUUGUCAUGUACUCUGUGCUGGAAGAGGCCCCUCCUCUAACAGAUGUAAUCUGACUCCAAACUUUUGCCCUAAUAAAACCUGUUCUUCCAGAUAUGCACAAUCUUAGCCAUCUACACGAGCAUUACCUGUAAAUGACAAUCAUACUGUGAAAAGGCUUACCCUAAUUAAGAUCUUUUUUAAACAAAACGCUUAUAUUACACAACAUUUUUUAAUGCUAGGGAUUUGGACUUUCUAUUUUUGACUAAAACAUUGGCUAACAGUGGAGAUCUCAACAGGAAAAGCAGGAGGCUGUGAGAGUGAUACACCAGAAUUACAUAUCACACAGAACUGACGAGCUGCAUGUAAAGAUAUGUACAAAAAUUUAUUCAGAUACUCAAGAGGAUUGGAAACAUUCUCAGUAUUGAGUUAAAGCUGUGUCUUUAAGGAAAUGAAGUUCAUUUGUUUGACUCUACUUAUUAUAAGUGGAAUUACAGCAGAUAAUUUUGAUGUUGUGGGACCUGUAGAUCCUCUCAUCGCUAUAGUUGGUAAAGAUGUGAUUUUGCCCUGUUCUCUCGAACCCAAAAUCAGUGCAGUAAACAUGAGAGUCGAGUGGUCCAGACUUGAUCUUAAAGACGUAGUUCAUCUCUAUGAAGAUCAUGAAGAUAAAAACACAAAUCAGCUUCAGUCGUACAGAGGAAGAACUGAAGUGUUUAAAGAUGAACUACAGAAAGGAAACACAUCACUCAAACUCUCAAGAGUUCAGAUCUCUGAUGAAGGAGCUUAUAAGUGUUUUAUUGAUUCCAGAACCUGGUAUGAUGAAAAAGUUGCUAAUCUACGAGUUGAAGCUAUAGGAAGUCCUCCACUCAUCACUGUAGAUGGAUUUGAUGUUUCUGGUGGACUUCAUCUUCAGUGUGAAUCUAAAGGUUGGUACCCUGAACCUGAACUUGUGUGGCUGGACAGUGAAGGAGUCACUUUGACAUCUGAAACUACAGACAAACAGAGAGAGACAGAUGGAUUCAGAGUGAAACACAUGAUCACUGUAUAUAACAGACACAGUAAAUAUCACUGUAGAGUCAAAAUGAGACAUCACAUGAUGGAGACUGAGAUUAUUACAUCAAGUAACAUGUUUCACUCUUGGAGAACAUUAAUGAUUUUGAUCUUUGUCGCUGUAUUGAUCAGUGUAGUCGCUGGAAUACUAGUAGUUUUUUUGAUGCAUAAGAAGAUAGCUUUUUAUCAACUGUUACAGAAUCGGAAAGGAAUCACAGAAUUUGAUAUCACACAAUGGAGAAAAUAUGAAGCAGUGAAUGUGACUCUGGAUCCUGAUUCAGCUCAUCCAGAUCUCAUUGUGUCUGAUGGCGGGAAACGAGUGAGAGUGAGAGGAAACAUACAACCAAAUGAAGAGAGGGAUGAAGAUGAAGAGCAAAAUAACAAGUUUGAUAUACGUCACUGCGUCCUGGGAAGUAAAAUCGAAUCAAAUAAAUUUUAUUAUGAGGUGCAUGUAAGGGGGUUACCUGAUUGGGAUGUGGGUGUGGCCAGAGAAUCUGUUAACAGGAAGGGCUGGAUUGACAUAAAUCCUAAGAAUGGAUACUGGACGGUGGGAGUGAGAUAUGGAUCUAUAUAUCAGGCUUGUGGAGAUCCACGUGUUCUUACCCUGAGUGUUAAGCCUCAAAGGAUCGGGGUGUUUGUGGAUUAUAGGAAGGGUCGGGUCUCCUUUUAUGAUGUGCGGGCUAUGUAUCAUAUCUUUUCUUUUAGUGGUCAGUCUUUUAAUGAGAAACUUGUUCCAUUUUUUUCUUUGGGUUUUGGUAGGAGCGAUGCACCUCUGACCAUCUGUGAUGAUUUCAAAUAAGCAUUAAGAUUAAAGGUACCCCAGCUAUAAAUACAUGUAUGGUUUAAUAGAUUAACACUGGGAUUGGCAAUAUGAAUGUGAAAAUUAAAACAGUACAAAUGUCAUAGUUUGAACUCUUUCCCUGCCAGCAUUUUAUUUGCCAGCCAGCGGCAGCAUUUUCCAUUAUUUUCACAAAAGUUUAAUGCCUUCCAGAAAAUGUUCUUCUUUAAAUAUAUAAAAAACAAUAUAUCAAUUAAAAGAAUAGACCUUCUGCUUUCAAAAAAAACCUGUUUCAUCUUACCAUUAGUUCUCUUUUUAUCACAUCUCAAAUAUGGGUAGGUUUCUUCAAAAACACAAAAUUUUGAGCAAAAAGCUGAGAUAAUUCCAUUUUUGUGAAGGACUUUUGAUAGACAUCAGAUCAUAGAAUGUAAAAAAAAGAUGGAUGACGCGACGUCGCCUCCCACCAUUUUAAUGAAUUAAAGCCAAAAAUGUCCGACCACGGUCGCCGUCAUAUUACGUAAAAACGUCAGUUUGGAGCCAAGGCAUGCGCAGAAGGAAUCCUCCGUGGAGCCAGAGGCGGAGCAACGGUAUCAAACUUCCUCCCAAACUCUCACGCGACCAAUUCAACCACGCCAAUCAUAACGACACGCCCCGUUUCUAUAGCAUUAAAUUACUAGCUAAAAUGAAACUUACCACAAUAAUGAACACUUGAACAUAUAUCAGCGUGAUAACAACUACUUGAAAGGACCAAAACCAUCUUUCGAAAACUUUUAUUGGAAGUAUAAAUAUUUUUUCCAUUCGUUUCAAUGGAGAGGGCGGGGUUUAUGACUUGUACUGCACCCAGCCACCGGGGGGCGAUCAAAGAGCCAGAGCCUUCACUUUUCAAGGCUUAUGAGGCAAACCCGCAAUUGAUGCAGAGCGACCUUUAAAACAUACACAGAGGCUGUUUCUCAAUAUGCGUUCUUCAGCGAUCUUGCGUUCUCGUGUCCUUGCUCUACGUCAUCAUUAACAGUCGAAGUUCAUUCCAAUUCUCAAGAACGCAAGUACAGAGGACGCAUGAAAAUACCCGGAUGUGUUCUUGAUAUCGAGGAUGCAUCGAGUGCAGACUUGCAGCUGAAAUCGUUUCACGCCCCAGAAGUCAUUGCGGCAAAACAAUGCCGGAGGUCAGUUUCAUAAUAAGAGCGCAAAGUGCUUUUAUGAAUGAACACAUUCAGAUAUGACCUUGUUGCAUAAAAUGUAUUAUUAAUUUUGCUAGAGCAUUUAUUUCAUGAAACAGCACUUAGAAUUUACAUCUAAACCCUUCAACCUUUCUAAUUAUUAUUAUUAUUAUUAAUUAUUAUUAUUGAAUCUUUUGUACAUAAAUGAGGACCGAUUAUGAGAUGUUAGAAGGUGUAAAGAGCUGCUUCACCUGUAUGUUUUGCUUUAAACAAAUGCAAAUAUUGCAUCUAUUUUGAAAUGUUUUUUUUUAAUGCUACCCCACGGAUUUAUUGUAUAUGAUGACUUUGUACCUGUGGAUAUGAUGAGAUGAAAACCUGUAUGCUUUUCAAAAAACUCACGGCGCUGUCCGAGUGCUGAAACGUUUCGGCUCUCCACACAUUUGUAAAUCUCCUGUUUGUUACAAAUAAAGUAUUUUUAGAGUACAAACCUUUUCUUGCAUAUUUGUAAAUUAUUAUUUCAGAUUACACAUCAUGUAGGCUGUUCAUACAUUUACAGCAAUUAAAAGCCUGCUAAUUUUACUUCCAUGACUGAAAGAAAACGACUUUUAAAGGUUUUAAUUUCAGUACAAAUGAAAACAAUGCAUUUUUUUAGUUCAAUCUUAAACUGUAGUCUUUUUCCUCCACUUAGUUGUUCAGUUUACAAAUUUUGCCAUCUACAGUAGGGAAUCGGCAUGGCGCCAGUGCAACUGACUUUUAAAGGGAAUGAAAGAUGAAAUUCUCAUUGGUUUAUUCCACGUUAUGCCCCAAAACACACCCAUUACUCAUUACGAAAAUAGGAACAACCCUUCGCGCACAAACAAUUUCUCUAGUCGUUAAAUUAGCAAAAGUGGCAUCGAACACGCCCAUUUAGACAGUGCUUUAGACAAUGCGCUUAGAUCGUUAAAAUAGGGUCCUUGAUUUGUACCAUUUUGGAAUCCAUUCUGCCGAAGCUGCGGUCACACUAAACUUUUCGUUCCAUUGACUUCUAUUAAUAUGCAUGAGAAUGUGUCAGACCAGAAACACAAGCAUUUGUGACCUUUCUAUCUACUGAAAACCACAAAUGGACAAAGCCAAAGAUCAUAUUGCACUCCACUUCACUCUCUGCACCAAC